AUGAAAUCGUCUUUCUUCCCUCUCAUCAUCCUCACCGCCAUCAUCUUUCUCCGGCGUCUAAACCCCACAGAAGCCGCCACGUGUCAUCCCGAUGACGAAGCGGGUCUCCUAGCUUUCAAAUCGGGUAUAACCCGAGACCCAUCGGGUAUUCUCACCACAUGGAAGAAAGGUACUCCUUGCUGCUCAUGGAACGGUAUCACUUGUCUCACCGGAGACCGCGUCACAGCGAUAUCAGUCGGCGGACAAGCUGAUGUCGCCGGAAGCUUCCUCUCCGGCACACUCUCACCGUCUCUUUCCAAACUCAAACACCUCGAUGGGAUUUACUUCACAGAUCUCAAAAACAUCACUGGACCGUUUCCUCAAUUCCUUUUCCAAUUACCACAGCUCAAAUACGUCUACAUCGAGCAUAACCGUCUUUCCGGUCCACUUCCAACCAACAUUGGCGUGUUAAACCAAUUAGAAGCGUUUAGCCUCGAAGGAAACCGGUUCACCGGUCCAAUCCCGAGUUCGAUUUCAAAUUUAACUCGGUUAUCUCAGCUCAAUCUCGGUAAUAAUCUCUUAACCGGAACAAUACCAUUAGGGAUUGCUAAUCUCAAGCUCAUUUCGUCUCUCAACUUCGGCGGUAACCGUCUCUCCGGAACCAUCCCGGAUAUUUUCAAAUCCAUGACGAAUCUCCGAUUUCUGACUCUCUCUCGCAACCAAUUCUCCGGUAAUCUUCCUCCGUCGAUUGAAUCACUCGCACCGAUUCUCAGGUUCCUCGAGGUUGGUCAGAACAAUCUAUCGGGAACGAUUCCGAGCUAUUUAUCGAAAUUCAAAGCUCUAGACACAUUAGAUCUCUCAAGGAAUCGAUACUCAGGAAUCGUCCCCAAAAGUUUCGCAAAUCUCACCAAAAUCUUCAAUCUCGAUCUCUCUCACAAUCUCUUAACAGAUCCAUUCCCUGUAUUGUACGUGAAAGGAAUCGAAUCUCUAGAUCUAUCGUACAAUCGAUUUCACCUGAAUACGAUUCCGAAAUGGGUGACUUCUUCGCCGAUCAUCUUCUCGUUGAAGCUAGCGAAAUGUGGGAUUAAGAUGAGUUUAGACGAUUGGAAUCCAGCGGAAACGUACUACUACGAUUUCAUCGAUUUAUCGGAAAACGAGAUCUCAGGAAGUCCGGCGAGGUUUCUAAACGAGACGAAGUAUCUGGUGGAGUUUAAAGCGGCGGGGAACAAACUCCGAUUCGAUAUGGGGAAGCUGACGUUUGCGAAGACGUUGGAAACCUUAGAUCUGUCGAGGAAUUUGGUAUUUGGGAAGGUGCCGGCGACGGUGGCUGGACUGCAGAAACUGAACUUGAGUCAAAACCAUCUUUGUGGAAAGCUUCCGGCGACGAAAUUCCCGGCGAGUGCGUUCGCCGGUAACGACUGUCUCUGCGGCGCUCCACUCUCUCCUUGUAAAGUGUAG